CCUCAGAACAAGGCUUCCUUCCCAUACCGGAAAUGACGGCAUCAAACUGCUGCCAUCAAAACAGACUGUGUUGAAAGCGAGACUUAUCUAAACCAUCUUUGGUCAAAAGGUAAACAAGAGAACACGUCGGAGGGCAACGUCACACAGACGAUAUGAUUAAAAGCAUCCAGGUUCUCUAAAGUCCUGCCAUUGACUGCAAUUGUCGUUGUUGCCACACGAGCAGGACAAUAUGAAUCCACUCAGUUCAGAGAAGGAAACGUUGAUUGAUGAAAUUGAACAGAGUUUAUUCACUUUAACUGUGGACAAUUUACGAUACCUGUGUGAACGUCAUGGCAAAGAUGGAUCUGAAAUUAAAGGGAUGAAUCAUCGCUUAUUAAGGCGUAAAGUCAUGGAGGAAAUGUGGGACAAUACGGAGUCAAUGAAAUCAGAGGAGCAGGGAAUGUCUUGGUUAGUCCAACUGAAAGAGGACAUCAGAAGGAUGCUGGAGGAUGCUAGUGGGGCACCAAUUAGUCCCAGCCAGUCCGAUGAUGAUGCUGUAGACUAUGACGAAGAAUGCGACAAGGAGGACAGCGAUUGGUUGCCUAGCAAUGGACUUAAGGCGGAACACUUGAGUUCCAGCCAAUCCGAUGACGACGCUGCAGACUGCGACAAAGACUGGGACGUGGAGGACAAGGAUUGGUUGGCUAGCGAUGGGCUGGAGGCAGAGUCAGAUCCAGAGAGGCACACUCCAGAGCAGAGAGUAAGAGAGAACGAGCUUCCCACGUCACCCUCCGCCCUCCUGAAGUCCCCAGGUCGUGCCUCUCCCAGUAGCGUAUUACUGCUGGGUCUGAAGAGGGUGUCCGUGCGGCUGGUCGACUGCAGGGAGACACCGGGGCAGAGUAGCCAUAUAAUACACAAGACAACACAGACGGGAGAGAAACCCCACAGCUGGUCUAAUGCUGAACAACACAAAACCCUCUCAGGAGACAGGCCUGGCUCUCAUAUCUGUGAUCACUGUGGGAAGAAUUUUACCACAGCAAGAAGUCUACGACUACACCUACAGAACCUGAAGAGAUUCAGAGAGAACUUGACUGGAGAGAAACCACACGUGUGCUCUACAUGCGGAAAGGGAUUCAGUGAGGCUGGCAGUCUUAAGAGACACCUGAGAACUCAUACGGGGGAGAAACCAUAUGUUUGCCCUCAUUGUGGGAAGGCUUGGAGUGAUUCUGGAAACUUAAGGAGACACACAAGAAAAACUCACCCAGGAGAGAAGGUCGUUGUGAAGAGCGUCCUUACAGGAGAGAAACCUUACCAUUGCUCCUCUGAUGACUGUGGGAUGAGCUUCGUUACCUCACGCAAACGCAGAGUACACCAGAGAAAACACACAAGAGAGAAGCUUCGCAGCACGCCUAAUGCUAAGCAACGUAAGGAACCCCUCUCAGGAGAUGGCUCCCAUAUCUGUGAUCACUGUGGGAAGAAUUUUAUCACAGCACGCACUCUAAAAAGACACUUACAGUACCUGAAGAGAUACAGAGAUAACUUGACUGGAGAGAAACCACACGUGUGCUCUACAUGCGGAAAGGGAUUCAGUGAGGCUGGCAGUCUUAAGAGACACCUGAGAACUCAUACUGGGGAGAAACCGUACGUCUGCCAUCAUUGUGGGAAGAACUACAAUGAUUCUGGAAACUUGCAGAGACACAUCAGGACUCACACAGGUGAGAAACCUUACCACUGCCUGGAAUGUGGUAGGAACUUUCGUGAAAAAAUAAGCCUUGUACAUCACCGGGAAGUUGUUCACACGGAACACCCUCACCGCUGUGCUCACUGCAUGAAGAGCUUCGUAAGUGCAUCUAAACUGGAAUCACACAUGCAAAACCGGCAUCCGCCAAAUGAUCCUCUGAAAAAGCCACACGUGUGCUCUGAAUGUGGAAGGGGUUUCAGUGAGGCCGGUAGUCUUAAAAGACACGUGAGAAUCCAUACCGGGGAGAAACCGUACGUCUGCCCUCGUUGCGGUAAGGAUUUUACUCAAUCUGGACUCUUACAGAGACACAUGAGAACUCACACGGGAGAGACACCUUACCACUGCUUGGUGUGCGGGAUGAAGUUUCGCCAUACAAUCUCAUUAAAGCAGCACCACCUGAAGAACCACAGGGGGGAGACACUGGGUCCAGUCCGUAUGCACCAAGGCCCUCUUCCAUGUCCCCACUGUGGGGAGAAGUUCUCUACCAAGGCUCUGCUGAAGGAUCACCUGCAGAAGACUCACAAAAGCAGAGUCCACUGCCCACAGUGCGACAAGACCUUCACCACUAAAGGUAGUUUACUAGUCCACCAGAGGAAGCACACUGGAGAGAGGCCUUACCUUUGCCCCCAGUGUGGGAAGAGUUUCUCCCUGACAGGAAGUUUAAAACUUCAUCUCCGGAUUCAUGCGGGUGAGAAACCUUACUGCUGUACUUACUGUGACAAGAGCUUCACAAGUAAGAGCCACUGCAUUCUACACCUGCGAAUCCACACUGGAGAGAAACCGUACCAAUGCCCUGACUGCGGGAGGAGGUUUCGUGACGGGAAUGUCUUGAAAAACCACAGGCGGACCCACACAGGAGAGAAACCGUUCCAGUGCCACGUGUGUGAUAAAGCCUUCGCCCAGUGGAGCAGUCUGAAGAAACACCAGGAGACACACAGGCUAACACAGCCUGUCUCUGUCCCAAGACUCCCUAAUCCCUACCUACCACCCAAUCAGCAUGUCCCUUAUCCUUACCCAUCACAGACUCAAAGAACAUCCUCCGUUUGUUGGGGCGGGGACUCUACAAGGUGUCGAAAGAGUUCCACAGGGAUGCUGGCCCAUGUCGACUCCAAUGCUUUCCACGGUUGUGUCCAGUUGGCUGGAUGUCCUUUGGGUGGUGGACCAUUCUUGAUACACACGGGAAACUGUUGAGCGUGACACACCCACUCAAUCUUUUCUUCUUGCCCAUUCACCAUACAUACAUGUCUCAAGGCUUAAAAAUCCUUCUUUUUAACCCGUCUCCUCCCCUUCAUCUACACUGAUUUUAAAGUGGCUUUAACAAGUGACAUCAACAAUGGAUCAUAGCUUUCACCUGGUCAGUCUGUCAUGGACAGAGCAGGUGUUUAAUAACUGUGUAUAUUAAGGACAUUCAGGACAUCUCAAACCCCUACCUACUUCAUCCCCCUGGCCCCUCCCCCUUCUAUGUGGGCCAGAUCUCAGGAGGGAUUUGGAACCAGAUGAGGUAAUACAAGAGGAAACAGAUGGGAGACUGAAUAGAACUCUAACAACUGACUUCCUCAAAGUAUUGGGUCUGGUGUGUCCUGAUUUCUGGGGUUUUGAAAUACUUUAACGCAGACUUACCUCCUUCACCAGAGAUUGAAUCGAGACAUCCCACUCCCAAAUGUUUCCGUUUCAAUGGAAGUCAAUGAACUAAGUAGUCCAGACUCGCAUUUGGUGUCUAUUGGAGAGCCACACUAAAGAAAUGCUCGUUCAUUUAUUUUUAUUUUUUAGGGGGUUAACAACAUUUGUAAACACCACCAACGAUUUAUAAUUUAACACAUUUUUGUGAGAAAUAAAAAUGUUUAGAAAAAUUAUAA